AAGUGCCUUGCUCAGGGGUACAAUGGUGGUAGCCUGGUGUUGAUCUCCCGACCUUCUAGUGUUUUGUUUGGAAGGCUACCACUAGGCCAUCACCACCCCCAGGCACACUCUACAUAUUCCUUCUGAUAACAGCGUUAACUUUGAGUGGAACCUGAAGAAGCUGCGACUUCACAUCGUACCGAUGACGACCAUUUAAUGAUCUGAUAACAUUCAGAACUCUGCCCCUUCAUCACUACGAGCGUUUUCACAUUAGAGAAGAAAAUAUGAAUUAUUGCUGCGAAGCGUUUAUUUACAAAAUCAGAUAAAAGUCAUUCUUUAAAUAAACCAACAUGAGUUGGAUUGAUGUUCUCUUGAGUGCACAAUAACAAUAAAAACAAACAUCUGUUUGUGCAAAUGAAGCCGUCAAUCAUUCCUGUUCAGUCCUUAUUGUUUCUGUUUCAGGGUUCUUGUUCUGCGGCUCUGGAGAUCAACUGAACUUGACACAAUGGAGAACAACACAACCGUCUUCCAGGAGGUCACUCGGGUUGUAAACCUGACAGAAGUGCCUCUGAACCCUCUUGAAGAGCAGUUCAUAACCAUAUUUCUGACCAUGCUCAUCUGUGUCGUUGGGAUUGCGGGGAACAUCAUGGUGGUGCUGGUGGUGCUGCGCACUAAACACAUGGUGACCCCCACGAACUGCUACCUUGUCAGCCUGGCGGUCGCAGACCUCAUCGUGCUGCUGGCCGCGGGCCUGCCUAACAUCUCCGAAGUCGUAUCCUUCUGGAUAUACGGAUACACGGGAUGCUUGUGCAUUACGUACCUUCAGUACCUGGGCAUCAACGUGUCGUCCUGCUCCAUCACAGCCUUCACCAUCGAGCGGUACAUUGCUAUUUGUCACUCCAUACAGGCUCAGUUCAUAUGCACCGUCUCACGGGCCAAGAGGAUCAUAGCAGCGGUCUGGGUCUUCACCUCGCUCUACUGCAUCAUGUGGUUCUUCUUGGUGGACACGGAUGAAACCGUCUACGCUAAUGGAGUCGUCGUCACUUGUGGCUACCGCGUCUCCAGGAGCUUCUACAUGCCCAUCUAUUUCCUGGAUUUCACUUUGUUCUACGUGAUCCCCCUCGCCGUGGCCACCGUGCUGUACGGGCUCAUCGCCAGGAUCUUGUUCAUGAGCCCGCUGCCCUCGCAUCUGAGCGACAGAGCCGGAGGAGGGUCGGUUCACCAGGGGAAGUCCAACGGCACCAACAAGACCAACAAGGGCGCCUUCUCUGCGAGGAAACAGAUCACCAAGAUGCUGGCGGUGGUGGUCGUCCUCUUCGCCUUGCUCUGGAUGCCUUACCGAACGCUGGUGGUGGUGAACUCCUUCAUCGACCCGCCGUACCACAACACCUGGUUCCUGCUCUUCUGCCGCAUGUGCAUCUACACCAACAGCGCCAUCAACCCCAUCAUUUACAACCUCAUGUCCCAGAAGUUUCGCGCCGCGUUCAAAAAGCUCUGCAAGUGCAGCUGGCGACAGCAGCAGAAGGCGGCGGAGGUCAGCGUGCCGAUGUAUUAUAGCGUGAUGAAGGACUCGUCCCACGAGAGCACCGAGCAGGAAGAGGUGAGUCAGACCCACAAGAGGCUCAACGACACGGACGAUGACGCGAGCACGUUCAGCAUUUCUUAAUGAAGGCUCCGAUGGGAAAUCUUUCUUUUCGGUGUUUAAGAUUGUUGUUAUAUCCUGACGCAGAGAUGUGUAGAUGUUCUUCUUGUUUGCAGUGACCUUAGUGUAGUCGUUGUGGUUCUGCUUCUUUGUUGUCAGUGCAGUAUGAGACUUGGCUUUAGUGUCCUUCACUGCUCAGUGCCACAUAAUGUGCGUCGCCAUGUUUUUGGAAAUAUUUGUCCACAUUUUAGUUUAAGAAGAAGUAUAAAUGUGGACGAUGGAUGUUAUGAGACAUGUGAGACGGACGCUGUGGGAGAAUAUUUAGAAUUUGAGACAACGUCCAGAUGUUUAUAUGUUUAAUAUUUAAUAGGUCCCAGAAUACUGCAGCAGCAAAACAAGACAACACUUUGCA